UAGUAACCACCCACUUGAACCGGAACCUUUUCCAUCAAAUGGCUACAGUGUUGACACACUGAUAAGCGGAUGCGUCGGUUGCAAACAUGUAUCGCUUUAUUUUUCACGGUAGCAGGGUUUUAUUUUAGUUGUACAGUUAUUAAAACGAAGCUGCAGGUUUUAGUCGAAUUGUAAGCUCAACAGUAAACAGCAGUAGGCUAUCCUAAAUCUAAAGAUAGCGUGGGCAUAGCGGAUUUCUGCGUCCGACGGGGGAUUUGGCGAAGCACCAUUUGUGCUAUAAUUUAGAGGCAUUAUUUACCAUCUGAUUCAUCUGCGUUUUAUGUUACAUUAGGGACAAUUUAGGACCGGACAUGGUUGUGUAACUGAACCUGUAUUUUUUCAGUUUUUUUCUACUCGCGCUCUGACCAAGUGUCCGCGUUUACGCCCCAUCACUCUCAUCCGUCCGUUUCGUGAUUGACUAGGAAGACGACGACGACGGAAUCGCCUGUAUUUGUGUUUUUUCAGUACUACUGAGAACUAACGAUGGGGAAUACGACCUCCUGCUGCGUAUCGUCGAGCCCCAAGAUCAGAAGAAAUGCCCAUUCGAGGUUAGAACCCUACCGCGCCGAACAGGAGUUGAGUAGAGAAGAUACAGGCUGCAACCUACAACACAUAAGCGACAGAGAGAACAUCGACGAUCCGAACCUGGAGUACAACCCUUCAGACCAUCCUAGGGCCAGCACUAUAUUCUUCAGCAAAUCUCAGACCGAUGUGCGAGAUAAACGGAAGAGCCUCUACAUCAAUCAUUUAUCACAUAUUUCGGAGAACAAGCACGUGGCUCCGGUCAGACGAAAGUACAGCUCCUGUUCUACCAUCUUCCUGGACGACAGCACAGUCAGUCAACCCAACCUCAAGUACACCAUCAAGUGUGUAGCCCUGGCCAUAUACUAUCACAUAAAGAACCGAGACAUCGAUAGCAGAAUGUUACUGGACAUUUUUGAUGAAAAGCUUCAUCCACUUUCGAAAUCAGAGAUUCCUGCCGAUUACGAAAAACACGACCCAGAGCAAAAACAGAUUUAUCGUUUUGUCAGGACACUGUUCAGCGCAGCCCAGCUGACUGCAGAGUGUGCUAUCGUCACACUGGUCUAUCUGGAGAGGCUGUUAACGUAUGCAGAGAUAGACAUCUGCCCGGUGAACUGGAAGCGCAUCGUCCUGGGAGCCAUCCUGUUGGCCUCCAAGGUGUGGGACGACCAGGCUGUGUGGAACGUAGACUACUGCCAGAUCCUCAAGGACAUCACCGUGGAGGACAUGAAUGAGCUGGAGCGUCAGUUUCUGGAACUGCUGCAGUUCAACAUCAACGUUCCGUCCAGUGUUUACGCCAAGUACUACUUUGACCUGCGUUCCAUGGCUGAGGCGAACAACCUCAGCUUCCCUCUGGAGCCCCUGAGCAGAGACAAGGCUCAGAAACUGGAGGCCAUCUCCCGGUUAUGUGAUGACAGCUAUAAGGAGUUGAGGAAAGCGGCCAAGAAGCGUUCUGUGAGUGCAGACAAUCUGACAGUGGUGCGAUGGAAUCCGGCCAUCAUAUCCUAGCAACGGCGGAGAACGCCAAGGGUAGGACAGCCUCUUCCGCGAUGGACAGGUGACGUCCCCGUGGGGGCACGCGUUAGGGCGUCAGAACUUCAGCGGACACUCCGGUGCUCGUCCUGUCGCGUCUGCGUGUUUGUCACGCAGAAUGGACCAUCUGGAACUUACCUGGAUAGUUAGUUUCAUCGUUGCUCUGAUGGUCGAUCUUUGUACUGUACAUACAAGAUUGCCCCCCCUGCUUGUAGGAAGUUGAACUGCAAACAUAUCCAUGGCUAGGUGGGGAAGACGUUUACACUGGCUGAAGGUUGGUGACAAGACAGGAGAAGGUCCUAGAAGAAUAACCUGAUUUGACACAUAACGGCAUUCCGAUAGCCUGUCUUUUAUGUAUACUUUGUACAUUCCUUUGAUUUUCUUUUCUUGGAAAAAUUCCUCUUGAAGCACCAGUGAAUUCCACAGGUCAAUUUGUACACAUUCCUGACAUUUAAAAAUGUCUAAAAUGUCCUUUUGAGGUGGAUAAAAGUUGGUGUUGAUGUCACUGUUUGAUUUGCAAAGAAAUCAAACUGCCAAGUAACAAACCUCAAUGGUUAUUUUCACCCUGAAAAGAGUUACAACUUUUAUUUAAUUUUUUUACCCACAUUUACAUAGGGACUUAAAGGAAUAGUGUAGGGAGAGGUUAUACAGUAAAGAAAGAAGGACACAGAUAUUUGAAAAAAAAGGAAUAGUGAAGGGAGAGGUUAUACAGUAAAGAAGGAAGGACACAGAUAUUUGAAGACUUGUAAUACAGUUGAGGGUGAAUAAUGAUCUCCAAGGAUGUCAAUCAUUUCAUUUCAACUCUAGCUAUAGCAAUUUGCUCUUGAGUGCUAAGUAUCUUAGACUUUCCCACGUGAGUGUCUCUAUUCUUCAAGGCAAUGUGUUACAGUCUGCAUCCUCAAUGACACACUUCCAAUAGGUUGCCAUUUGGAAUGCAGGUCAGACAUUCCAGUGAACGUUCUGAGAUGUGCAUGCACACUCCAUGUCCAUGUGUCACCGCACUGCAUGUAAGGCCUGGAACAACAUGGAGGAAUGACUGUCAAUGACAAGCACUUGAAUAGAGAGUAGAAAAGCAUAUAUCAAGAACAGCUGGAAGUGUAAGAAAAAAUUUAAGUUUGAACCAUUUUUCUGGAAUCACUGUUCUAAACUGUGGUGCCUGUAACACACUAGCUUAAUAUUACAAACAUUUCCUUUUUUAAUGUUUUGUUUCUUGAAGGUUCAUUUUAUCUUUGAAUUACAGCUCUUCCAACUUGUAAAGAAACAGCACAAACAUAGUUUGUAAUAAAAGCCACUUUGCAAGUUUCUUCAAUAUAUUGGAUAUGUAUUUCUAAAAAACAAAUACAACUGUGUAUAAAGUGUGUUUAUACAAACACUGUUCACAAAAGCAUUAAAAUCUUAGAAAAUACGCAUAUUUAGAAAAAGUAUGGAUUUUGUAAUGUAUUUUAGAUGUUGUACAGAGAGAGAAUUAUGUUGAAAUAUGUAUAAAUACAUAAUCAGUAGAAGGAUGAAUGGAGAUCGUCAUUGUUAUAUCAGAUAUGAGAGUUUAGAACUAUGGAAUAUAUGGAAGUUGAAAGUUGGAGUAAAGUGAUCAAUGAAAUGCAGGCCUUGGGGGAUAGAAAGAUGCUGUCAUUGCCGCCCAGUUAAACUCACCUAAUGUAUAUUCGUCAAGUCUGUGAUGGUCCAAUUUGGAUAUAUUGAGUUGGUUUUGCUUUAUAACAUUAAGAAUUUGUUCUUUUCAGAUUUAGAGAAAGCAACUGCUAUAUGCUACCUCCUGUUUGUAUGAGCUGUUAGCAUACAGAGAUUAGUGGUGAAAGUCGGUUCUUUUUGCUGUAAUACAGUUGAAUGGUGAGAUGACAUGCACAUAAUAGGAUUGACAUUCAUACAAGGAGUUUUACCUCAACAUAGUGUGUAAAAUGCAUAUAAAUAAGAGCCUGAAUGUAGUCUUUUUUUGCUGGCGGUAAACAGGAUUUGAACCUAUCAAUGGGAUCUUUCCCCCAUGCGUUUCCAUGACAUUUCAAUUGUUUUGGUCAAGUUCCUUUGCCUCUACCAAAUUCAUUAACUGGAAUAGUAAAAAUCUACAGUAGAAAAGCAAUAUUUGUCUGGGGUUUUCCUAUCAUGUACCAUCAAAUUCGCAUAGGUCACAUAAACUAAAAUAAUGUAGGGGACUGUGUUGUUGCCACCCUAUCAAAAUGAGACCAUUAAUACCUUCUUUUUUCUGUUACAUUAAUUAUGGUUGAAAUUCUACAUGGUUUUAUGAUUUCCCUGUUGCCAAAUCAGGUGUGUGAAACAUUCCUUAGUUUUGAAAUUAGUUUAACAUUUAGUUUAUGGAAACUGUGUUUUCCCCAUUUAAGCAUUCUAUUCAAAAGAUUUCAGUUUCUUAAGAAGCAAUUUCAUGAGAUGGUUUAUGGUCAUAUUAGGUAACUCUGUGGUUCCAAACUUUCAUCAGGACCAACCAUGGGUGAAUGUAUUACAUUCAUAUGUAAAAAGGGAUGGAGUUGUACCAAAGUAUCAAAUAUUGAAAGAUGAUCCUUUGAAUAUGUUGCUGUAAUGAAAUAGUCCCCCUGUUGCGCAUGCUCUGAAUGGUAUAAGAACUAUGAAACAGAACUGUUAAGAUUAGUAGAGACUUUGAAACAAAACUGUCAAAAUGAUUUAGGAACCCUGAAAAUAAUUUGAUCAUCGGAAUGGGGUCACAAUGAAAGAGGGACCCAAAUGGAAUUUGUGUGUGAGGGCACAUAUAAAGACUAGAAGGCGAGGGAAUGAGUAGAGGGAGAACCAGGGGUUGUUGUGAUGAAACAGUGGAGGCGUUCUUAGAUUGUAUAUCGUAUUUAUUGUAUGUGUGCGCAUACAGUCUGGUAUUGAUUUGUAAAAACCUAAAGUGAACUAAUGCCCUAUGGGCCGGGCCUGUGGUAUAAUAGGCUAGGGACUGGUGUUAAGGCCUUGGGCACUAAACUCUACCUCUACAUAGAGUUUUUACUACUUCUAUCAUGUUCUCUCUCUUCUCUGCCAAUUUUAGGAUUUACAAAUUCAACUUUCAAGUCUCUUGAUGAUUUCCUGUGCUAAUGUGAGAAACUGCUGUAAUUGUGAACUUUUUUUUUUUUACAUUUUGUUUAUUUCCAUGAUUCUGUUGUUGUUCAUUUUCCUCAGUGGUUCUGUUCUCAGUUUGCCAAACGCAGAUGAUCUUUAUCUUUUUGGGUACUACCCUCUUACGGUAGUGGAUUGUAGCCUACGUUCUAUUUAGUAAAGUGAUCACAGUACCAAGAACCCUUAGGAACUGGAUGAUAAUUAAGACGCAUGCAGUCUCUGUCUGUCUCUGGUUCUCUUGGAUUACAUUUUAUAUAUUUUAAAUGUUCUAGGAUUUUAUUUUAUUUUCACUAAUACUUCCAAUUCAGAAGCAAUGUUUAAAAACCUGCACAAGAAAUAAACUUUUAAACCUUGCAAUAACAAACAA